ACCGUCGCGAUCGGUCGUGUGUCCACGAUGGAUCACGGUAUCGUAGAUAGAACAACGUCGGAAACGCUGAUGUUGCCAAAAGACGAAAAAGUCGUCGUCAUCUCCCCGAAUAAUGGGAGGAUUUUGAUUCGCGAGGACACUGUCAUGACAAAUCUUCAGGGAUGCCAGUUUACGUGUUCUGGGAUCAAACACCAGUUUUCUGUGCUGUGCUGGGGGCAACAAACGGAUAAAAAAUAUUAUAUAUUGCUAGUGUUACUGUCAGCCACGUUUGUGUUAAGUCUCAUCGGAACAGUAUUCUUCUGUUUUACGAAUUCACUUAACGAUGCGAUACUAUCGAACAUGGUGAUCAGAAACAACUCUCUGGCAUUCUCUAUGUGGCGUCGUCCAACCGUGAAACCCCUGAUGAAGGUUCACCUCUUCAACUAUACCAACUGGGACAGAGUAAAACGUGGAUUGGACAAGAAACUUAAAGUUGAAGACGUUGGACCUUUUACGUAUUCGCAGCAGCUCGAACGAGUGAAUAUAAAGUUUGAGGAAGACCGACUGACUUAUCAAGAGAGGAACCACUUCCGCUUCCUGCCCGAACAGAGCUCUGGAGCACACUUCGACCAAGUCUUCGUUCCCAACCUGCCAUUAUUGGGUGUGGUCUCAAAGGCAAUCAAUAUGCCUUACUUCGCGCAAGUGACCUUGAUAACAACGCUGAACUCGUGGGCGAACCAUCACGAAGCCUUUCUGAAGCUGCCAGUUCAAAGAUUCCUAUGGGGCUAUGACGACGGAAUCAUCGACCUAGCAAAGCCAAUACUAAGUUUGAAAGGACAAUUAAACUUUGAUAAGUUUGGGUUGCUUGUUACUAAAAAUGGCACGGUAUCGGAUAGACUGACCAUAAACACGGGAGAACGCAAUAAGAAGAGAAUGAAUAUUCUGGAAAAGUUGAAUGGCGACAGUUUCUUGCCGUACUGGGGAACCCCCGAAUGUAACAGUAUAGAAGCAUCAGACGGCACUAUCUUCCCCCCUGCAAUGCUGGACAGAAACACCACACUUCACAUAUUCUACGCUAAUCUCUGCAGGCGACUUCCGUUCCAGUACAAAAAAGAUGUCGAGAUGGGAGACGGUGUACAGCUUCUCAGGUAUGGAAUGCCUGAAGAUGUGUUCGACGAUCCAGCACGGAACCCGGCGAACCAGUGCUACUGUGAAAUCGAUUCUGGGACUUGCCCACCACGAGGGAUCAUCAACGUAACAUCGUGUGCGAUGGGAGCACCAGCGUUGGCAUCGUUCCCGCACUUUCACAAUGGAGACCCAAAACUACGAGAACCCUUCAUUGGUUUGGACCCCAGGCCAGACCUUCACGAGUCCUACCUGGACAUCCAUCCAACUUUGGGAAUCUCCUUAAAUGGUAAAUCGAGCUUACAACUGAACAUUCAGGUACGAAAGAACAGUAUUUUCAACGCGCUCGAUUUCCUGGACAAUGGACUCAUCCUGCCCGUCGCUUGGAUUGAAAUGACCGUAGACGAGCUUCCAGAAAGUCUGAGGUCUCUCGUGUACCACGGCACUUUUUCAACGGCAGCAGCUCAACUAGGACUAACGGUUCUCUGUGUACUCUCUCUGUUUGUCUCUGGAAUUUGUCUAUUUAUUAUGCUUAUGACAAGGAGAAAGAAGCCGUGCGCAACUGUGAUCAUUCCUGUUGAUUUAGAAAUGAAAUCUAAAAAUUUAUCAUGAUAAAUUAAUAAAUGGAGGCGCAUUAAUGGUGUUACAAGCUAGGUAUUGUAGGAGUCCAUGGAGAAAAUUAUCUAUGAUCGCUUCGAUUAUCAUUUUUUCUCACACACGUCCUAUUAUAUUUAGCUAUACUCUUUUUAAAUGGAAGAGAAAGUAUACUCCAUUAUCUGCUGCAACAGCAGAGGAAUCUGGGGAGCAAUUUCAAGCUUCCAGUUAGGUUGCAACAAAAUCAGUACUAAAUAGUGACACCAAAGAGACUGUCGGUGGCAUAAAGCCUAGAAGCGUUUGCCUGUCAUCUGAGAGACGCCGCGUACCAGUAUGAUUUGAUUUUCGAAUUCUUGUUCGUUUUUUGUUUUGCGCUCUUACUGUAAAGGAAAACAUUGUAAGGAGGCCUUAUACACACACCUGGUUUUCCUUUUUUUUUUGCAUGCACAAGCAUGAAUUUUACCUAUAAAUGGCACUGGACUUAAGAUAGUUUGAACCCAACGCGUUUUCACGCAAAAUAGGCGUUAGUUUUUUUUAUUACAAUAAGGACGAGACGAGGAGGACGUUCAGCUGAUGGUCAUUCACGCCCUGUCCAUAGCAAUGCAGUGCCGCUCAUAAUUCUUGAAAAUCCCAAACAUUCUGAGCGGUACUACAAUUCCGCUCAUCACCUUGAGGCAUAAGUCAUGUUGUCUCAUUUGCCCAGUAAUUUCACUAGCUUCGGCGCCCUUCAUUAAAUGCGCUGUUGUAGCACCCAUAGGGCAAAGAAAGACACUUAGCUGCCUCUUAAGACACCCUGGGACCUGGAACUUCCCUAUUCUUUUUAUGCCCCGGGGAAGCACAGCACUCAUAAAAGUUGCAAAAAAUGCUCCCGUGACUACCUAAUCAAAUCAAAAAUCACUUUAUUCAUGCAGGUCACGGAAAUGACACUUAUAAAUGACAAAAAAAUAUUUUUCUUAUUGAAUCUACCGCUACUUCGUAAAAGGUUGUGCCAAUGAGAAGAAGUGGCAAGAAACUCAUUGCCACUCUUUUAUAUCAAGAUUUACAUUUCAUCGAUUUAUAAUUCAUUUCAAUUACAAUAUAAUAUGUAAAAUGAUGCAACAAACAUACUCAAACGUCAAAUAGUCAAUGUCUUACACGAGUAAGUCAAAAAAAUAAAUGUAAAUGAAUACAAAAGUUAUUGAGUACAGUAGCUGCAUCAUCCACAUACACCGUAAAUAAAUAAAGGUAUUCUGUGAGCAUUUUAUAAGCGAUUAUAAAUAAUAAAUUUAUGUAUAUAUAUAUAACUUUUAAGAAUCUGAAACCGAGUCUCCUUACUUACAAUUUGACAACUCUGCUUAAACUUGUAAUUAAUAUUAUAAAUUAAUAUUAUAUUUUUACUAACAGUAAUCAAAAGCUCAAUCCUUUAGUGUAAUCAAAUCAAAAUCACCUUAUUCGUGCAGGUCAAAGAAAUGACUUUUCUUUUUAUAUUCCCACAGCUUUAAUAAGAAGAAGUGGCAAGAAACUCAUUGUGACAAUCAAUAUAUGUAAAGUGAUGCAGCAAUAAUACUUAAACUACAAAUACUCAAAAAAAAAGUAAAUUAAUAGUACGUAAAAACAAGAGUUAUUGAGUACAGUCAUGGCGGACUACUACUGUAUCAACAAUAAUAGUAGGCCAUGGUACAGUAGAUGCAUCAAUCCACACACACCGUAAAUAAAUAAAGGUAUUUAGCGACAAUUUUAUUAGCAAUUAUAAAAUUUUUUUUUUUUUUUAUUUUAAACCAUGAAGCAAGAGUUUCCGGCUACAGGAUCACCCUGCCACCGCAAGUAGCGCCCGUUCACGAGCAUGACGCAUGGGCCAGCCAACGCCUCCCUCGACCAUAUUUUAGGGAAGGGAACGACCCGUCCCACGUCGCCGCCACAAGCAGUGACAUUUAAGCGAGCAUGAUGAAAACUGUCAGAAAAACUCCACUAAUGAUAACAAAUCUGUAGGUCAGUGGACUCACUUGCUUACUGUUGCUGCUUUAGUUACAAGUACAAGUCGCUAUCUUAAACUAUUUUCUCCAUUGACUAAUCUAAUAUCAGGGAUCAUCUACGGGUCCCAAAUGGCAACCAUUUCUAGCAUCAAACUUUAUAACCAUUACAUUUGAAAGGCUGAAAAAAUAUUUACUGUGUGUUUGUAAUGACCGCAAGUUGAUAGACAGGCUGCCUGUUUAUUUUUAUAAUAUGUAGUAAUAACUGUUGUUCCACGUUUUAAUUCCCAUAUCCUCCCGUACACUGUCUGCUGUCACCCAUAGCUGUCACGCAUCUAAAAAUUCGUUCCGUUUAUACUAAAUAAGUUUAACAUGUCUCCAUUUCUCAUAAACUAUUCAUCGAUUUCCACUUAUUUCAAAUUAGUUUUGGAUACUGUCAUAAUUUUGUAUACUUUCUAAUGUAAACGUUUGUUUAAAAAAAUCAGCAAAGUUCUGUGUAUAGUGAAACCCGCACUUGCCUUUUCUACUGGCCUGUCUCAGCAUAAUCGCAGCUGUCAAAUGAGUAUAAAUAAGACUGAAAGAUUGGGCUAAGCUUGAACACAGCUGAGUUUUACGUAAGUAAAGUCUGAGUAUGCUCUGUAGAUCUCAGCUUAGUGACAUUAGAUCGAGACAGAUUAAAGAUUAGCUUUUGCAAACUGCGCGAAGACUGCCUACCGACGCUAUGCAGACUAAAGCCGGGUUCACCUAUAACGAACUAAGGCGAUACGAAGUUGACGUGCGACAGAGAAAUAAUUUCUAUGGCUUCCUUUCUCUGCCGUCUUCGUCCCUGAUCCAACAUCCUUCAACAUCAUUAACAAGAAUGUUUAAGCAAUACCAGCCUCAGUUUGACUCAUUUCACCAAGACAAACUAAACCCAGAUAAAGCCUAAACGCGUUUAAAUGAUGACUGAAGAAUUUUGGUCGUUCAACAUAUUUGAUCGCGUUCAAAUGCUGCCUGUCACUGUCGUUAUCGUAAUGGAGACAUUGACAUUUUACAUUUUUUAUUUUGGUCAGAUUUGUCGAUGACAGACAUUUGAUACAUUCUAUUGUUUAUGACUUGUAAACUCAGAUUACGUCAACACGCACAUAAGUUAUUGGUAACAUCGCUUUGUGUUUAAUCGAGAUAAAUACUGGCAUUUGAACUCGUUUACGUAAAACUGGGUUUUGAAGUGUCAUUGGUGAAAACGGGGUUUAACUGUUUACGGGGCUUAAGUGAGUAGGCACAUAGUGUACAUACAUGGACAGAAGAAACCGUGCUUAAGAAAAGGUCUCGGCAAUGCCAUGAAGUGAAAAAAUUUUCAAUAUUAUUAUUCUAACUACUUUAUUGUAUGUAUAUUAUAUGUUAUAUCGAUAUAAGAGUCUCAGUUUGUACAUCCUAGACGUAUCACCUGAAUGGCUCUUAUCUAAAGUUAAAUUUGGCUGUCUUUUCCAUUUUUUUUAAAUUCGAUAAAGGGCGUGUGUGCAUAAUUCUUAACCAUGAAAGAUCAUUUUAUGUUACAAUUAAGUAGGUACUCAUAAGUUUAAAAGAUAUUUAGAUAUUAAUUUUGUUUUAUAUUAAUGAUAGGCUUGUAAAUAAUAAAAAGAAUUUGUUACUUUUCCAA